GAGCAUGUUCUGGACCGACUGACGCUGGGAGCAGGCUGGAGACUGUACGGUGAGCUGCCUCUGGACUGAAAAGAAGCGGUGGACGGUGAAAGUGAAAGGAGAGCGCCGUAACUGUGGAAAGCACCGGAGCAGGCAGUGUUUCCCCAUACAGACAGACAACAUAGGGAGAGAGAGAGGAGAGAGAGAGAGAGGGGCCCCGGGUCUUGCUUCGAGGCAGCAGCGGUACAGAAGACCACACAGCCAUGGCUAACAUCGCGGUCCAAAGGAUCAAGCGGGAGUUCAAAGAAGUUCUCAAAAGCGAAGAGACAAGUAAAAACCAGAUAAAAGUAGAAUUGGUGGAUGAGAACUUCACAGAGCUGAGAGGGGAGAUAGCAGGUCCCCCAGACACACCAUAUGAAGGGGGCAGAUAUCAACUUGAAAUAAAAAUCCCAGAAACCUAUCCUUUUAACCCGCCAAAGGUGCGUUUCAUCACAAAGAUCUGGCACCCUAAUAUCAGUUCUGUGACAGGAGCAAUAUGUCUGGACAUUUUAAAAGACCAGUGGGCAGCUGCUAUGACCCUGCGGACGGUGCUGUUGUCUCUACAGGCUCUGCUCGCUGCCGCAGAACCAGAUGAUCCACAGGAUGCAGUAGUAGCAAACCAGUAUAAGCAGAACCCAGAGAUGUUCAAACAGACUGCGAGGCUGUGGUCUCACGUCUACGCAGGCGCUCCCGUCUCCUGUCCCGACUACACACGCAAAAUAGACAAACUCUGUGCCAUGGGCUUUGAUAAGAAUGCAGUAAUAGCGGCCUUGUCUUCAAAAUCCUGGGACGUGGAAGCGGCGACAGAGCUGCUGCUCAGCAACUGAAGCGCAGCCAGGUGUGAGGAUCCCAAACUCCUUCAUCACAGCAUCAGCUCCUCCCCCCGCCAUCCAUUCCACCAUCGCCUUUUGUUACAGACUCCACCCCAUCACCGCAGCAGUCUGAGCCUUCUUUUACAACGAGUUUGCUACAAACACACCGGUAGCACCACAAUGGCCAAUAUGCACACUACCCUGUUGCCUCUCUGACUCAAUCUGUCCAUUAAGCUGUCUUUUUCCUCCACUAACUCCAAAUGUGUAUCCCUGUAAUAAGCCACCGAUUUCAUGCAUCUUGUCUUCCACGCC